GUAUUUUACAUUCGUUCCUAAUCCAUUGACAUUCGACACUGGAUAAUAUUAAAUACAAAUAAACUAAAAAUUUAACAAUAUUAUUGAUUAUUGCCUUAGCUUUUUCUACUGUUUUUCGCCUACAAUAUUUGCUAAUUGUAUAUUUUUUUAUUGUGAACGACAUUUGUUACCGACUAUUUUUAGUCAUCGACUCAAAUGAUAAUUUUAAUUGAACUAUUGAAAAUUAUAUAGGAUUUUAUCAGUGUUAUUCAACGAGGACUCUUUGACACAUAAACAUUCAAAAAUUAAUUAAAAUUGGACUUAAAGAUAAGUGAAAAGUUUCCGUUAGUAAACUCAAAUAUAUCGUUUGUUUGUUUUUACGAUGUCGUAUGCCAGUGCUCUAUCAAAAAAUAUAACCAAAACACCCAUAGAGUUUAAAAAGCUACCAGACGAGAAAAUAUUGUUUGUUUUAGAUACUUAUGCAUUGUCUAAAAUGGACAUUGAUUUCAGUCCUACUAAUAUAGAUCCAAUGUCUAGUGUGGCAAUAAUUCGAAGGGCUUACAGAUUUUUUGCAUUACAAAAGAAUCGAUUCCAAAAUAAUUCUUUUGGUAUUUGUUUAUUAACCCCACACUCAUUUAAUCUAGUUAUGGAUUUUACAACAAAUAUUAAUGUUGUAAUCGAAAAAUUGUCAUCUAUAUUAAUUCAAAAUGAUAAACAUGAAGAAGCUGCUGCAUAUGAUUUCGGCCCUUUAUUAAAAUAUAUUGGAAAAUUAAGGAAUCUUCACAAGGAUUGUAUUUUUAGAGUUAUCAUGACCUAUAACAGAGAUGACUGUUUACCGAUUAUUGAACCACUAGACAGAAAAACUUUUAAUAUUUUCUGUUCACCGACAUUUUAUUUUGAUACCGUUUAUAUAUGUGAAAAUAACAUUGAAACAGAUGAGAUGGCUCAAACUAUUUAUGGUAAGUUAGCUCUAUUAUGUAGUACUUGGUCUCACAAAGUAUGUGUUCAACGUAAGCCAAUAGCUAUUAUAAAUGGAAUUACAUCACUGCUACCUCAUCCCUAUACAAGAAAACUUACCACAAAAUAAAAACUAUUUUAUUGUUAAAUAUAUUUACAGUUUAAACAUGUAUAUUAUAAGUAAACAAGCCUGAUUAUUGAGUAUAAUAUGUAUUUUUUAAUUUCUUAUAUAUUUUUUUAUCUUUGUGUACUUAUUGUUACCAAAUAAAAUUGUUGUAAAGAUGAAAACUCAAAUUGACGUUUAAUACUAAAUAA